AUGAAUUGUGCUUUGAGUGAUGGUGCUUCUUUGUUGGGAAAAGAAGUGAUUGGGAAAGAAAAGAGCUGUUUCGGCAGCUGGGGCAAAGCGUCUGGCAAUGACCGAGAUGCGCAACCGAGGGUGGCUCAGCGCCUGCAGAUGCUGAGCGCUUUCAUUGUUCGAGCACGUGAUUUUCAGCCUCAGCUGUUCCAGAAGGAUUUUGAUUUCUUGGCUCAACGUGGUGUGCCGAGAACCAUGGUGUGGAGUGCAGUUGGGCCUUGGGGGCUCCGACUAGGGGCUUCGGAGAUGGAGUGCUCUGAUGGCACGUGUGUGAGCGGCAACCCGCUUGCUGCUGCAACCUCUUGGUCCUCGGGGAUGGAUCACGGGAUUGCUGGGGAUGAAUGCCCUGCUCAGGGGCUACCUUUGGCGAGUGAGCCUUGUGCGCAUGCUUCUGACACGCAGGCAAGUGCAACUUUUGGGCUUCACAUGAUUGAGGACACUUUCUCUGAGGAGUUUCUUUACUACGUGCCGCAGGCAAGUGCAGCAUUUGGGCUUCACUUGAUUGAGGACACUUUCUCCGAGGAAUUUCUUUACUACGCGCCGCAGCAGCAGCUUCUUCCCUCAGCGGCUGGUCUGGACCUUGGUGCUGGGCUGUGUGGGACGUCGUCUUGCGCUGCUGAGAGCCCUGUGUGUGACUUUCAAGAAAUCAACAAGACCCGUGAAAGGGCAAAGACGAAGAGCCUUUAUGGCCGUGUUCUUAGUUUUCUGUGGGAGCUCAGCACUAUCAAGACCCGCGAAAGGGCUAAGAGUGAGACUGAUAUCGGGCCUCUGUGCUGCUGCCAUGGCCUGGGCUCGCUGGCGGCUGGCGACGGUGGCGGCCAGUUCUUCAUCGCGCAGGGCAAGGACACUGGAGUGGUUGCCGAUGCGGUGGGUGUAAUCCGGGUUUGGAGUUUUUGCCAGGAGGAGGACGGUGCCAAGAUCGAUGCAGUUCCCCCUUGCAUGUGUCAGGUGCCUGCGACGCGCCUGGCGGGACUGCUGCAAACUCAGAGUGAUCUUGACGGUGUGCAACUGCAGGGGCAUGCCCUGGCGAGAUGCGCAAUUGCGAUUGUGAACUGCGGCCUGCUCAUGGGCGGCCUCUUCCGAGGCAGGGUGGUGACGGGCAAGUGCAAGGGAUCUCGGGCCAGGUUUGGAGGCGGUAACCCGUUUGAGGGCAUGAUGGCCAGUAUCACGGAACAGCUUAUGCCCAUGAUCACUGCGCUCAUUCAGAAAGCUGUGCAGGAAGCCAUUGCAAAUGCAAUGGGAGGUGCCCCGGCAACCCCUCCCCGUGUUGUGCUGCAGGAGCCGGACCUGGAGCGAGGGAGUCGAGCCGCCAUCCUUCUUCUCGUGCGCCGGGCGAGGGCAAAGCAUCUGGUGGCAGAGGUGGUCAGCCUGCUGCUGCAAAGGGCAAAGGGCAGGGCGAUCGACCUCCUCGCGCAGGAUUGGAGCGCGCAGUUGUUGUCGCAGGAUGGCAUUGCCAAAGCAUUGGACGUUCCGGGAUGUGUGGGCGAUCUCCUGCGUUUUCGGCGAGCCUCGAUUGUGCAUUGCAAAUCCGACCCUGCUGAUGGUGGUGUCCCUUGCUUUGCGGGACACAAGGCCAAGGCCAUUAAAGUUGUUCCGGCGUCCACUUCGGUCGUCUACUUUAAGGUGCCCGAGAUGUACAUGACGCCUGAUAAAUUCAAGCAUUGGAAGAACAACCCGAGUCGUGCUGCUUCUUCUUGGGCCAGUUCUCACCAAAUCACUUUGAGUGACACGUGGGGUUGGGUCGAGGAGCAGCAGGCUGGCAAGCAAGGUUUGCAGCUGUUUGGCAUUGCUCGCCUCCUGGAUGCCGAGUUGUCUUCUCUCGUCGCUGUCAGUGGCCGGGAUGGAGUCUUUGUUGAUGUGCCGCGCGGCAAGCUUGUCUCCACUGUGCAGUGGCUCGCUGUUACCAAGGGGGAAGCUCCGGCUGCGUAUCUUGAACGCGGCCUCCGCAUGAGUGCUCCUUAUGGUCUUGCCACCCAGGGCGGACGCCUUGGCGCCAGAUCGCCUAGAGAUCCCUCACAGGCUGUCCCGCGUGUUUGGAAUUUCCCUCAUGUGCCGGCUACCUGGGGACAGAAGGAAGUGCUGCAGGUGUUGGACCAGUCCUUCAAGGAUGUGGCUUUGAUUCAGCAUAAGCGCACUGGCGCCGAGUACUUGUAUCGCUUUAGAGCUACGCUCAAACACAGCGAUCUUGAUCUGGUCCCUUUGAGUGCUAUCGUCGAGAGCGAGCCGGGGAAGGACAAUGAAAUCACGCUGUGGGCCACGGUUGCACCCUAUAAGCCUAAGCAAGCUAAGCAGCGACCUCUGCGAUGUGCGCCGACUCCCUGCCUUGCCAAGGAGAAGCCUGCACUGGAGCCCAAACCUGUUAAACUUGAGGUCCCUGCUGAGCUGGAUGAUGAAGGUAAGGAGGUGUCCCCUGCCAAACAUGUUGCGGCUUCGCAUCGGCAAAUCCCCUCGGGGUGUGAUCUCAUUGAGACUCCGAAAGACGGAGCCUGUUUGUUUCACGCCAUAGCGCGUGGCCUCCACUGGCUUUCGGGCCCUAAGAAGACGGAGUACUCCCACAGGGACUUGAGGGCGCGCUGUGUAGAGCACUUACGAAAAUAUGCUUCGCAAUAUAUAGGGGAAUGGGACGGCCACGGGCCGGCUCUACAAAAAUUGCGCGAAAAUGCCGCAUCUCCGGAGGACGCCUUUGAGGAAUACCUCAAGUUAAUUGCUUCGGAAUCUGCAUACGCCUCUACCAUCGAGCUGAAGGCUCUCGGACGUUUAUUUGAUUGCCACAUCCUUGUGAUCCCACGCGAUGGGAAUUUUAGUGCGAUGUCGUUUCAUGCGCAGCAGCGCAAAAGGAGGCUGGUGUUAUGGUACACGCCUCGGCACAUCGAGCUUCUUUUGCCAGCUAAGGAUGCUAAAGACUACCCAGAGGAAGUUUUCUCCGUUACGAGUGGUGCUGUCGUUGACUUGAGGGCUGGAGGGGAUGAUGCUUCCCAGUGCUCUGGCACUGUUUGGACUGCUUGCGCCCGAUCAAACCGAUCCAAGGCCAGCCGAUCAUCCUCUGUGAAGGCGGGCACUGUGUGGACUGUCACCAACGCGUCGAGCAGAAAGACCGCUUCUUCUCUUAAGCGCGCUCGCGGUGCUGCUGCGACGGUCUGGUCCCGAGCCGUCUCCUCUGGUGCUUCCGUGCAUUCUCAAAUGCCUGCCUUGCCGGAGUGCGACGAUGAUGAUGCCCCGCAACCUGAGCGGUUGCAUCAUGCCAGCCGGGCCCUGCCUCAAUCUGCCCUUGUGAUGGCCCGUCGUAAUCGCGGCCGAGCCUUCCCUGAUGGAGUUGCUAAAUGCAGGCUUUGUCCCUUUCGCCGCAAGUGUGCUGAUCCUGUGAAGGCCUAUGCGGCCUAUCAGCGGCACUUCUUGGAUUCGCAUCCGGGGGAGAAGCUUGGGCUCGCUCCUGCCCGCAAGGCUUCCUGUGUUCGUGACCUCGCUGAUGGCGAGGGGGCGUACUGGAGAUGCAAACGGUGCCAGGCAGGCAUCUCUACUGCUGAUGCGGCCCGUUUUGGCAAGGACUCUCUGUGCCGCUUUCGCCGGGAGCAUAAAACACAGGCCCACCCGCGCGUCUCUUGGGCUGUGUGGAACAAGGAAGCGAAAUCACACUCGGCCACCAAAUGGGCCUCAAAGAUCAGUGCCACUCGCAACAAUGCCCAGAAGGCUAAGCUCCUGCCGGUGCUGCGCGAGCUUGAGGCUCAGGACUUUGAUGCCUUCGGAUGGCCGCGCCAGGCCGGGAAGGACACCAAUACUGUUGAUAAGUAUCCCUUGCGCAUAUGCCCGGCUUGGGUGUGUCGCAAAUGCCGAGCGCCGUGCCCCUCUGCAGAGAUCGCUAGGAAGCAUCGCUCGGUAAAGGGACAGUGCCCUUCUCGCACUGCUAAGGCGAGGGCGUGGAUUCGGUUGCGCUCCCUUGCUGCCAAUAAGAAGCUUCAUGAUGCUGCACCUGCCUCGGUUCGCAAAGAGCAGGGCGAGCUUGCCUUUGCUGCUGCUGAAAAGGCCUUGCGAGCCCCCAUGUUGUCGGUCAAUGUUCCUGCAACGGCUGGCAUCGGCUAUCGCAACCAGUGGAAAACGCACGGCCGGCAUGUUGCUCUGAGCGCCCCCGAGGAUCUCGGCAGCCGGGUUGCUUUGGUCAGCGAUUUUCCUUUUCGGCAUGUCCAGCUGUGUAAGGGUCCUGCUUCCACCAGGCACGUGGCGGGGCUCUUUAAUUUGCGAUCCCUCCCUGAGGAUGAUUCUUCGCUCCCUGCGAGCUCCAGGAGUGCCACUGAUGAAACCAUCCUGGUGGUGGCCUUUUAUGGCCAGGCCGGCAACGAGCCAGUUGCCCAGACACAAGUGGAUGAGGUUUUGGAGUGUGCGGUUGCCUCGGGUUAUAGGUUUGUGGUUUUGGGCGACUACAACCUUGAGCCUUCCCAAGGCCGCUUAGGAUCGCUAAUUUCGCAAGGCACCGUGCUUGCUGGUGAUGAAUGUGCGCGUGGCCGGCCCCUUCCUGCCACGGGCCCGGUCAAUGCCCAAGGCGUGCGCACUCGUCGCAUUGAUUUUGCCGUUAAUCAUCGUGACUUGCCUGCGGUUUCUGUAGAUCACUUUACGUGCGAUUUUUCGGACCACUUGGGGGUACACUACUUGUAUGCCCUCGAUGCUCCUUGUCCCUUGGUUGGGCCCAAGCGAUGCAAGCCUCGUGAUGAUCUCCAGUCUUCUGACUUGGAGUCCAGAUGUGCUCAAAUUGAUGCUGGACCCUUUGCAAGCGCCUUGGAACAGAAUGAUUUGGACGGGGCGUGGCGCUUCUUGUCGGACACCGCCGAGCUUCUGCUGUGUGAGCCGUGCUCUGCAGAGUGCGUUCCUCGCGCGUCUUCCUGGGAGCCUGUCGCCCAUAGUGCGGCGGGACGGGCUGGCAAGCAGCUUGUGAAGUCGGAGGGCCUGCGCCUUUUGCUGCGACUCCGUGCGAGGCUUCAGGUUCUUUCCCACCGGACGAACGAUGCUUUGCUGGUGGCGCGCAUCAGGCGCUCACUCCGGUCCACGCGCUUGAAGGUGCCCAGCCUGCCUUAUGCCCGUGAUGGCGAUGAGCUCUCCCUUCUUCCACAUGUUGCACAGCUCAUUGAGACUUUCACGCAGCAGGAGGAGGAGGCAAGAAAGCAGAUGUGGCGCACCAGGACGCGUGCGGACCUGCCUCGUGCCCGGUCUUUUGUCAAGCGGCGCGCUGAUGAGCAGCUCGCUUGGGAGCGUCAGCUUCCGGAUGUUGCCAGUCCGGGCGACCCUGCACAUCCGGCGGUCGCGGUUGCAGCUGUGGCAAAGGACCUGCGGGCGAAGCUCUGUCCCGCGUCCUUUAGGGCGGUUGACAUGCAGGCCAUGCGUGAUCUGUUGCGGCCCCUGCCGCGCCCCGCAAGCACGGAGGUCGUGCCUAACAUCACGCCAGAGGCUCUCCGACGCUCUAUGCAGUCCAUGAGGCACCGUGCUGCCGGGCCGGAUGCGUGGAAACCUGGUCUGCUAUGUUCCCUGCCUGAUCUUUGGUGGGUGUGGACCUCCCAGCUGUGGAAUCGGUGCCUUGCUUGUUGUGACGUCCCCGCCCAGUGGGCACAGGCACGUGUGGUGAUGAUUAAGAAAAUCAAGGGGGGCUUCAGGCCGUUAACCAUCUCUCAAGCUGUCUGGCGUGCGGGAGCAAGGAUUUUGAAUGCCCAACUCUCCGACUGGAUAGGUUCUUGGAGCUCUCCGUCGGAUGCCGGUGGCAUCCCGGGCACGUCGGUGUCGGGUGCCCUGCUUCAGCUGAAUGCUGCAAUGCGCGGUGGCGCUAACGUUGCGGUUCAACAGGACAUUGCGGGGUUCUUUGAUGCCAUCCAGUUUGAAGCCCUAGAGGUCCUCCUUUCUCAUUUGAAAGCGCCGCCUUUUCUUUGGCCGCUGCUGAAGGCCUUUUACACGCGAGCUUCGCGCAUCGUCCAACUUGAUGGUGCAUACAGUGAUGCCUGGUUUAAGCCCCGCUUGGGUAUAGCUCAGGGUUGUCCCUUAAGUCCCACCCUUGCUGCCGCAUUUAGCCACCUUUGGACCUUGGCUGUGUUGAGGCAAGGGGUUUCAGGCCUGGUCUACCUGGACGACCGGUCCUUCUGGACUUUCUCUGCGGAUCUUGGCGACCUGGAGCAUGCGAUUCGGCGCUCCGACCGAUUCGAUGCCACUUGUGGUCUUGAAAUUUCCCUGCCAAAGUGUGCGAUCGUGGCGCCGGAGGGUCAUGUCGAGGCCUCUGCUCUGGCUGCCCGAUUCAACUAUCAGUUUUCGCAAACCCUUGAAGUCUUAGGUGUCACUGUUUCCUUUAAUGAUGAAUGGGGCUUGCUGAAAUUUUCCUUGAGAAAAGCUUUGCUGCGCAUGGACCUUUUGCGCUGGGUGACCGCUUGCAGUCGACUGCGGGCCCUCAUGCUGAAAUCACUUGUUUACCCGUGCUUGGUGUGGGCCGCUGCCUAUGCCACGCCACUGGCAGGCGAGAUGAAGCAAGUUAGAGAUGCUGCGAUUCGUGUUUUUGACUGUCAAUUUUCCUUUGAAGCCCCGCGUGUCCUGAUCUUCGAACAUGUGGGGUGGAUGCUGGAGCCACAGUGCGCUGCUGACUCUGCUGUGCUCCGCGAGGCCUGGCGCCUCCUCUGCAAGCCUCCGGCCUUUGCUCUGGAGCAGCCGCGUGAUGCCCGGGGCCAGCGCUGGGAUCAGCUGUUGCCUGCUGCGCCUGGCCUCCUUCGCAAAUUGGGGUGGAGCGUCGUUGAACGCCCUGAUGGCUUCUUUUUCGCCUGCCGUGAUGACUUAGGGAUCUCUCGUGAGGUGCAGGUCGGAUGGGAGAGCUUUGCUGAGGUUAAGGGCUGGCUGUUUGACCAUUACCGGCACCUUUACAUGCAGAGAUGCCAGCGCGUCUGGCGGAGCUUUCAUAGGCCGGACCCGAGCCUUGCACGCGGCCUGGAUCUGGCACCUCCGUCGCGGGAUGCGCGCUUCAGCUUUCGUGGGCACCGCGUUGCCAUGCAUGAGGCGACCACUCCUUAUAUGAGACGGGCUGCUGCUGUCACGGGAGGCUCGUGCUGGUUCUUUACGGCCGGGCAGGGCUUGAACGAGCAGCAUAGGCGCAUGCAGUGCCUCUGCGGAGCGACUGCUCCGUCGCGACCGCAUGUGACCUGGGUUUGCGAGUGCACCGAGGCGCUCCGGCGGGAUCACCCCCCUCCGACGAAUCGGGCGGAGGAGCGCAUGUUUGCCAAAUCGACUCCCUUGAAACCUCCGGCGCCUGCCGCCUCUGACUGUGGGGCUUUUCGGGCGGACUUGGAUGCUGCUUUCCGUGCUGCCCUCGGCUCUGGCAGGAGCAGGAUUUAUGCGGCUACUGAUGGCUCCAGCCAUCGAUCUGUCGGUGCUUAUGCGGUGGUGAUCGGCGAUCCGUCUUGUGUCUAUGCCAUGGGCACUGGGGCAGAGGAUCAAUCCCCGUAUCGGCAGGAAGUUCUGGCCCUCCACGCGGCCUUUGCUUCGGUCCACCGGGUGUGGAGUGAGGGCUGCGAGACGUGCAUUUUCAUCUUGACCGACUGCAAAGCUGCCCUGACGGCCAUCUCGGGCCAUGGUGAUGAUCCCUUUAAGUUGGGCCUCUUGCUGAGGGACGCGCGCCGUCUCUGGAAGGAACUGGUGAGGCGCGGCUGUGCUAUCUCCUUGAUUUGGGUGCCGUCACACAAUAAGCACCCCCGCUGGCGGCCUUCGCCGGAUCACGAUGCGGAUAUGCUCCGCGCCUUUAACCAUGUUGCAGAUCAGGCGGCGGGCAAUUGCAUGCAAAACAGGCUCUUGGGCUCUCUCCGGGAGCGAUGGCAUCAACAGUGUGAGCAGGCUCGGGAUUGGGAGCUGGCUACCGUCAGACUUGCGGCAGCUGCUGCCGAGAAGCUGGACAAACAUGUGAAAAGUGUUCCCCUUGAUGAUGCUGAGUCCGCAGGGGCUGGGUCUUGA